AUGCGCCAGAAUCGGUCCCCGUCCUUGGACGUGCACAUGACCCCUCCCUUCCCUUCCCUUCCCUCGUGCAAGUUGCACGCGCAGGUACUUGAUGGUGUUGCCGCGCACGUAGCACUGCGGCAUGCGCCAGAAGCGGUCGCCGUCCUUGGACGUGCAGAUGACCUCGCGCAGGUGGAUGUUCAUCCACGUGUCACAGCUCACCAGAUGCCCGUUGUACGUCUCCCCAUUCUUCAGCUCUACCAGCUGAAGUGGACGGCAGCAAGGAGUGGAGAGGAGUGGAGAGGAGUGAAGCGUUAA